CGUAAUAAAGUCCUAUUAGGCGUUAGCCGGCUGGUUGGCUCCCAAACCCACUGCUGUGCUGUCUGUCCCCAACUUCGGCAGCCUGCAGUUCUCCUCCCUCCCUCCCUCAAACGUGAAAGCGACGAGUUUCCCGCACUCUCCAUUUCGAUCCAAUCUCAAAAUUCAAUCAAAUUUCUCAAUAUAUUCAAUUGAAUUUCCACCAGAUUUGCGAUUUUUUUUUUGUUAAUUUGAAAUCCUGUUCAAAAUCCACCCAAAAUGGCGCCAGUUUCAGCAUUAGCGAAGUACAAGCUCGUCUUCUUAGGAGAUCAAUCCGUUGGAAAAACCAGUAUUAUCACUCGAUUUAUGUAUGACAAGUUCGAUAAUACUUAUCAGGCUACAAUUGGUAUUGAUUUUCUAUCAAAGACCAUGUAUCUUGAAGAUCGUACUGUACGGCUGCAGUUGUGGGAUACUGCUGGGCAGGAGAGAUUCAGGAGUCUUAUACCAAGUUACAUAAGGGAUUCAUCUGUGGCAGUCAUUGUGUACGACGUUGCAAGCCGACAGUCCUUCCUUAACACAGCAAAGUGGAUUGAGGAAGUCCGCACUGAGAGGGGCAGUGAUGUUAUUAUUGUUCUUGUUGGAAACAAAACUGAUCUUGUGGAUAAGAGGCAAGUCUCCAUAGAGGAAGGAGAAGUGAAAGCCCGUGAUCUCAAUGUCAUGUUCAUUGAAACUAGUGCAAAGGCUGGCUUCAACAUUAAGGCACUAUUUAGGAAAAUCGCUGCUGCUUUACCUGGAAUGGAGACACUCUCUUCAACAAAGCAAGAAGACAUGGUUGAUGUAAGUCUCAAGUCCACAUCGAGUGCACCUCAGUCACAGUCUCAGGGCAGUGGAUGUUCAUGUUAACCUUGCCUCAUAGUUCUCCAUGGAAAUCACAUGCUGCUUAAUUUUGUGUACCUUUUUUGUACUUUUGGCCUUUUGAAUCUAGAAAGAUUUUGUCCUCUUCUCUGAAGUAAUUAUAGUCAUAAUGUUGUGAUGUUCCCCUCUUAGAGUAAAAGAUUGUUAUUUGAGAAUUUGAGGGACUGAAAUGUAGAAAGAUCCAUAAGAUUUUUAUGUUAUAAUUUGUCUGAAUUCCAAAGUA